CAUGUCAUGUUUACUCUGAAAGGACCGGACCGGAAGUCGUAGUGUUGUAGCCGUUUGCGGAAUACGCGCGAGGGAAAUUGAGUCGCUAACGUGUGAAGAAAGCAACAAAGUAGAUAAAGUUACGAAGUACUUUUGUUUCGUGUUGAAGUUUUCUUUUCUUGUAACAGGACGCAUUUUGGGCAUUUAAGAUAGCCGACUCUCACAUUAGCAUGCUUUAACUUCAAACUGUAAGCGCAUGUAUGUUUACGUUUCCACUAUUCACUAUAUUAAGCAGGCUAAUGUUGCUAGCCCGCUAGCCAAGCAUAUCGAACUUCACUGUCAGCUGAAAAUAACCCUCGACGUUUAACGCUAAAGCUAAGUUGUACUUUAAAAUAAGCUUUUUUUAAAUUUGCGGCUUUGUUGUCGCAUCUUAAAGAUAAAGCGUUAUAGUGACUGCUGUUGGGAAUGUCACCUCCUCUAACGACAAACUACCGCAGGAGUCAUGAAGGGUCACAAUUCAUAUCAGACAGCGACUCAGAGGAAGUCGAGCCAAAGCUUCCUCUCAAUCAGUUCUAUCCAUAUAUCCGCUGUGCUCUCUGCUGCGGCUUCCUCAUCGACGCCACCACCAUCACAGAGUGCCUGCACACAUUUUGCAAAAGCUGCAUCGUGAAGCACUUUUUCUACAGCAACAGGUGUCCCACAUGCAGCAUUGUAGUCCACCAGACACAACCGCUUUACAACAUCAGGCCUGACAGACAGCUGCAAGAUAUUGUUUACAAAAUGGUUCCUUACCUAGAGGAGUUGGAAAGAGAACAAAUGACUAACUUCUACAAAGAGAGAGGGAUGCAGGUGCCAAAACCAGUGGUCGUUUCCCCUCCAGGUCCUGUUGUGUUACGAAGGCAGAAAAAAGAUCCUACUCCCCAGUCUGUGUUCACCAUUCCUCCUGAGCUCGAUGUCUCUCUGCUGCUCGAGUUUGUUGGGGCUGAGGAGGGCAUCAAUGACUACAAGCCAUUAGAGAGGCGGUACGUUCGCGUGUCAGGCGAGGCCACCAUCCGCCACGUGGAGCUCUUCAUCAGGAGGAAGAUGGAGCUGAGCUCAACCUGUCAGGUGGAUGUGGUUUGUGGAGAUCACCUCCUAGAUCACUACCAGUCACUCAAAGACAUACAGAGCUCUGUGGGCGAAGAAGCACUACAGGACGGUCUGUUGGUGCUGCACUUUGGACUGGUCUUGCCCUCCCAGUCCUGAGCAAAAGAGGUGGCUCUUGUUAAUUCCAGAGGGGACAAACUACAACUUUGGACUUUGUUUUUUGCUUCUACAUUGGCAUUACAAGUACUCUACAACUAUUGUGUUUUUUGUUGUUGGGUCGGUCACAAUCUCCAACUUGAAUGUAAUAACAAAGUUUAGCAGGUGGCUCAAAGUCCGAGUCCUCUACCCAUGGACUU